AAGCCUUCAGAGAAGCAGAUCUGUCAGUCGGCCAGUUUCUCUGAGUCAUCGUGUCCUGUUAUAAAUGUGCUGAGCUGUGUGUGUGUGCGUGCGCGUGUGUGUGUGUGUGCGCGCGUGUGUGUGCGCAUGUGUGAGGAUUACUGCUGCAGGUAUUUAAACCCACAGCCAGUGUGUGUGUGUGAGCAGACGACAUGCAGCAGAUCUACAGACACAGCAACGAACAGUUCGAGGUUUAUACCACCGUCUUCUCCCCCCAGGGUCGAGGACAAGGACGAGAUAUGUGGGAGCAGAGAAGAUAGAGUAAAGUGCUGUUCAGGUUUGAUCCUCUGGGGGGCGAUAUAGUCACAAGCACUUCUGACUGUAACUGGCAGAUGGCGGUGGUGAGGAUCCAGUACCGGGGCCGCUGGCCGAAGGAGCUGGACCUGAACCAGGGGGACCUGGUCCAGGUUCUGUUUAAGGAGGAUGAGGCGUGGUGGUUCGGGCGGCUGAAGAACGGGGAUGAGGGUUACUUCCCCGCCGCCUGUGUGGAGCCGCUGCAGGGUGGAGCGUCUUCCAUAGCCACGCCCACACUGCUGAGGAGAGGCUCAGUACCAGCAGUUGUACUGACCGCAGGCGCCCCCUGUGGCUGCACGAGCGGUCGCAGCACCCCGAAGCUGCUCAGGAAGAACAGCAUCCGCCGCCCGCUCGGCCUCGAUGGGCCCUCGGUGGCGGCGGCCGGGACGGGAGGCUCCUCCGCGGCUCCUCAGGGGUCUCCGAGCCUCCUCCACCGAGUCCUGGCCAAAUCCAGGAGGAAGAGCUGCCCGCAUCUCACCCACAUCCACCACCCUACCCCCAAUACCGGUUCCGUGAACACCGCCUUCCAGCCGGACUAGACCCCGAGUUCACUCCUCCUGUUCCUCCUCCUCUGCACGUGACCCAGGAGUCCCAGGGGUCAGGUCCAGGUCGCUGGGAGGCCCUCUUUCAUCUGCUCGAGUCUGAAGCGGGUUUCAGAGGCCGAUCGAGUCACCUGUCCAUCGAAAACCUCCCAGUCAGCACCGAGUCCCCAACAUCAGCCUCAGCUGGACCCCUCAGACGGGGCGGAGCCACCGUCGCUGUCAGAGACGCUCACUGAGGUUUCAGAAAAGGGUCGGGACACCGGUGCAGCUUCAUCGCUUUAUUAAAACUGUACAGUCACUUUGUUUUUCUGUCACUUCACAAAUUUGGUGUUUAAAAAAGAAAUAAAAGCAUUUAAAAUCCA